CGCACAAAUAUCUAUAUAUCCAAUAUUGGUGAUAUAUGAUAUAUCACAGUAUAUCUGGUGAUUUUAAGCAUAAUUAGUAUGAGGAGGAAAUUUUUGAUAAUCAACGUUAUCUUCCUCGUGGUCAUCGCAACAACAGGCGAUGUUGCUGCUAAAGCCGAGCAUGUAGAUGGCAUCUUUCCGGUGAAAAAAACCGUAACAAUUACCAACACACUUGAGAGCAAGGCGCGACUAAAGUUACAUUGCAGGUCAAAAGAUGACGAUCUUGGGGUUCGUCUUUUGGAAUAUAAUCAGAGCUCUCGUUUUAAGUUUAGGACAGAUGUAUUUUUUCGAACCCUGUUCUACUGUUCCUUUGAAUGGCGAGCUGGCGUUCCAGGUGGUGGCAAGGUUCAUUGGUCUGAUGUUUAUAAUGAUUGGGAAAUGAACUGUGUUGCUUGUAAAUAUAUUGUUAAGCCCUUUGGGCUUUGUAAGUUCAACUUGCAAACACAUCAGUAUGACAAGUGCGGUUUUUGGAAUAAUGAGCAUUAGAUUAGAUUAAAGGAGAGAAAAAGAACAAAAGGAAACACAAUGUUUAUCUUUUUUUUUUUUUUUAGAAUAAGCAGUAGUAUGCUUUUGAUUCAAAGGGUUUAUUAUAAUAAUUGUGUUUUUUUUUCUCUUUCUGAUAGGGAUAAUAAAUUUAGAUCCCCCAUCAUUUUCUCCUUUUGUUUCGUACUAUGAAGAGUGUCGACGUAAAAAUUUGAUUACCUAAAAGUGUUUGGUAUAAUAAAAUAAAUAAAAAACAUUAUCAUUGGUUUGAGGUCACAAAUUUUAAUCAUAUAAUGGACUCAUCCUUCCUCGAUAAACCCUCUUCAAUAUUGUAGUGAAAUAAAAUAUAAAAAAUAAAACCUUUAACUUGACUAACAUUAGUUUAUUUGUAGAUAAAAUUUUGUAUGAUCAUAAUUUAUGGAAUUAGAGAGAGAAAGAGGAAAGUGCAUAAAAAUAAACUAGUUUGUAUCCGGCCCGUUGGCCGGUUUAUGAUCAUUUAGGUAUUUUUACGUAGAUGGUUCAAUUUUUAAUAUUGUGCGAGGGUGGUUUGAAAGAGUAACUUGAUAGUUUUUGCUUUUGAAUGUCUGUUAACUUUAAUAUGUGAAAUAAGUAGCUUGAAAAUGAAGUUUUGAAAUUUUAUUUUUAUUCAGGUAUGGUAGACGGUUGUCUAUUAAUUAAAAAGGGAAUAAAUCUAUAAAUAUUAUUAUAAACAUAUCACAUUGAAAUAGUUAAUAUACACAAAAGGGAAAAUAAGUGAAAUUGAAGAUGAAAGUCAAAAGAACAUUUGAUAUUGUUACGAUUCGGUUAUUCUUCUUUGACUAAAAAAUAUAAUUAAAUUAUUUUUUGUUUGAUCUAAUUCGAGUCAAAUAUCAAUUCGUUGUGUAUUAACCUACGACUCCGCAUUUGUUUGUACCUUUUCAAUUUUUUAUAUAAAAAACUUUGCCAUGCUUAUUUGAACAUUUUACCAAACGAAAAGCAACAGAAAUUCAUUGUAUGUUGCUCAUAUUUCCAUUUAUCUUCUAUCUUCAUGUUUACCGAAGUCACUGUGAAAUUAAGAUUCUAAUACUUUUAAGCAUUGAUACUUGGUUUAAUUGUUUAACGUAUAAAUAGCAUGCCAAGGAAUGUUCCCAUUGAUGGAAUUACUUGUGGAAGCAAAACUACACAGUUAGUUAAGUAGUAGAAGAAAUUUAGUGCGAUCAACAAAAAUAGAUCUAUAGUUCAAUUCAUCAUCUCAAGCGUCCCAUACAGAAACCUUAAACCCGAAAAUAAAGAUUACAAAAGUUGAUCUAGUUGUAAAUAUAUAUAAAUAGAAACUUAACCAUCCACAACAUAAUGCCCAAACAAAAUACACAAGUCGAUCACGUUUUGUUGUGCGUACUCAAACUGCGACUUGGCGACGGCGGAUUCAGUGGGUCAGGUUUGGGGUAGGGUUAUCUUAGUUGGGUAAAAUAAAAUAGAGGAAGAAGGGGAUGGUUUGUAUCACGGGUUCGGUUGGGUUGAGUUGAGUAGAGGUGGGUUCCUUAUGUGGUGGGUUUUAAUGAUGUGGCGGGUUGGGUUCAAAUUUUUUUGGGUUUAACUAGGCCGACUUAAAAAUCCCAACGCCUCCCCAACAGUCCAACACAAAAUCGAAUUCCCUAACCAGUGAUCGAAGCUCGCCAAUCGGCUUCCCCGAAACAGCCCCACUAGCUAGAAGAAGAAGAAGAAGAAGAGAGAAGAUGCAGAUCUUCGUCAAGACCUUGACCGGCAAGACCAUCACUCUCGAAGUCGAGAGCAGCGACACCAUCGACAACGUCAAGGCUAAGAUUCAGGACAAGGAAGGGAUUCCACCAGAUCAGCAGAGGCUGAUUUUUGCUGGGAAGCAAUUGGAAGAUGGGAGAACCCUUGCAGACUACAACAUCCAGAAGGAGUCAACUCUUCACUUGGUGCUCAGACUUAGGGGAGGAACUAUGAUCAAGGUGAAAACCCUGACAGGGAAAGAGAUCGAGAUCGAUAUCGAACCUACUGAUACCAUCGAUAGGAUCAAGGAAAGGGUUGAAGAGAAGGAAGGAAUCCCCCCAAUUCAGCAGAGGCUCAUCUAUGCGGGGAAGCAGCUUGCAGAUGACAAGACAGCCAAAGACUACAAUAUUGAAGGUGGCUCAGUGCUUCAUCUGGUUCUUGCACUCAGGGGUGGUAGCUUUUAGAUUCUUAGUUAGGUCUCAAAGCAACAAGCAGCUCCCAGUUAUUGAGCUGAAACCGUUCCAUGGAACACAAUGCUGCAUUCAGAACCUCGUGGGAGAUAUAAAUAUGAUUAGUUAUGAUGAUUUUGCUACUUGGAGAGAUUUGAGACCAUUGAUUUGGCUGUGAGAACUAUUCAUGUGAAAUUAUUUGGCUGCUUCGCUUAUAUCUUUUGACCUAACUUCAAAUGCUAGUUCUACUUCUACAUUGCAACAAGACCCCAACCAUUGCUUGGUGAGUGUGUGCUGGUAGAAAUUGCAUCACUUUGUGUGGUAACAUUCUCAUCGGCACGAUUGACAAAACGAUCCCUCAAGUGGUGUGAUAUCCAAUAGGAUGUAAUAAAACUAAAAAUCUGGU